UUGUGUAUAAGUUGUUUCAAUAAAUCAGGUUUUGUCUCGCUCUUUUUGUUAUUAUAUUGUAUAUUUAAUAAAGACAGUAUAUAAGGAAACUAGAAGAUUUUUUAAAUCAUUAAAUAAAAAGAACUUGACGAAUAACAACUUGACGCUGUGAAAAUCAUGAAACUCGUUAUUUUAUUAUGUUUUAUUGUGUGUACCGCUGCGGAUUUAAAACACCCUUCAGAUCGAAAUUCAGAGUUAUUUAAAUAUAAUCCAAGUGAUGUUUACACAUUACCGGAAGAUAUAGAUGAUGAAAAACCAGCUGUUAUAUUUGAAGGAAAUGUUAUGAGAGCAAAAGUGGAGAAACUUCAAAAUUUCAACGGAAAUAAAAAAUUUAAAUUAGAUUUAAAGACUCAAAAUGGUAUAGAGGUGACCAGUGUUGGUAAAUUAAAAGACGAUAAAACAUUUGUUGUGAGUGGGUCAUAUUCUUUUACUGGAGCAGAUGGUAAACGCUACAAAACUCGCUAUACUGCUGAUGAGUUUGGAUAUCACCCUAUUACGGAGUUAGAUUUAGAUAUUCCAGAUCCCCAACCUAUAGCUGACGCAGCAAGAAAUCCGAACAAAUUCGACAGUUCUAACAAAGAUUUGUUAGGAGGACUUAAAAACAGAUUUCAGUUUCUAAACCAAAAUCUUAAUUUGGAUAUAAGUGGAAGCGCACAAAGCAGCGACGACUACAAAUAUUCUGCAACGAAUAAUAAUGGUUAUAAUUAUGAAGUCCCGAUACAACAAUUUGAAACUGCGCCUUCCAUACCAUCGCGCGAAUAUUUACCGGUGAAGUAAUAAUUAAAGAAAGAAAAAUAAAAACUUUAACUAAUAUAUAAUAAAUGUAUACAAUAGUAGCUGCAAUUCAAUAAAAUAUAAUAAACUAAA